AUGGCACAGCAGGUGGAGAAGGCGGCGGAGCUGCAGGACCCGGAGAUCCGGGCGGAGCUGGACCGCCUCGCCCGCGAGGAGGGAGAGACCGUCGUCAAGGGCGGCACAGGCGGCAAGACCCUCGAGGCGCAGGAGCGCCUGGCCGAAGGGCGUAAGAAGGGAGGGCGGAGCCGUACGACGGAGUCCGGCAACGAGCGCGCCGAGGAAGACGGCGGCGUGGUCAUAGAGCCGGACGAGAAGCUGCUCGAGGAGGUCAAGAAGGACCUCGGGCGCCAGUGA